AACUGUUGCUGCGAAAGCCGAGCGGAUUUCGGCUCUCGGUUCUGAAAGGAGGCAACGCCCGAGAAUCCUAUAUAUCCCCCGUAUAUAUAUUCUGGGUUAAUCGUGGCUACGUCCAUCGUACUGGGACUCAUUACAGGUGAAAGUGAUUCUCUGGCUCCAAGCCUUUCUUACGCUGCCAAUAGCUGGCCUCAUCGCAGAGCAGCAAAUAGACUCCGAGAUACUCCGAACUCACGCCGAACCAUUCAACCUGACCAAAAUGGCACCUUCUAGAGUGGACGAUAGCAUCGAUUCAAGACCAAAUAGACAACCCUUGCCAGCUGUGAAACCAAAUGGUGAAGGCCACCUUCUCCAUCGUUCUCUCAUAGAACACCCUGUCAUGGUAGAGAAGGCGAAAGGGCUGACGCUACAUCUUUCCGAUGGUCGGACUCUUCUCGAUGCUUGUGCGGGUGCUGCCGUGGCCUUAAUCGGUCACGGGCGAGAAGAAGUUCACCAAGCAAUUAUGAAGCAGAUGCAGAAUGUCAGCUACAUCCAUACGCAGUCCUACACCACCUCGUCGGCGGAGGAGCUGGCCGACUUUCUUCUAAGCGGAAACCCCUACGGACUGGAGAAGGCAUUCUUUGUCGGCAGUGGCAGCGAGGCGAUCGAGUCGGCUUUGAAGCUGGCGCGACAGUAUCAUUAUGAGAAAAACGAGCCGGCACGACUCCACUUUGUCUCUCGGCAGCAGAGCUAUCACGGCAAUACCAUUGCUGCCAUGUCAAUUUCGUCAAACCUUGCUCGCAAGGUUCCCUUUACUGGAUUUAUGUACCCUCAUACCUCUCACGUGUCUCCCGCGUACGCAUACCGGCACCAGCAAGCGGGAGAGACAGAGACAGAAUUCACGGCCCGACUGUUGCGUGAGCUUGACGAAGAAUUCCUCCGCAUCGGUCCCGAGAAGAUUAUUGCCUUUGUAGCCGAGCCGAUCGUUGGCGCGACCGCGGGUUGCGUCACAGCACCUGCCGGAUACUUUACCGGCGUCCGGGCCCUGUGCGAUCAAUACGGCAUUCUACUGAUUCUUGAUGAGAUUAUGUGCGGCGUGGGGCGCUCGGGGACCUUUUUCGCUUUUGAACAGGAAAAGGUCGUGCCCGACAUCAUGACCAUCGCUAAGGGACUAGGGGGAGGAUAUGCACCCAUCGCAGGAGUCUUGGCCCACAAGAAGGUAAUUGAUGUGCUCCGUAAAGGGAGCAACGCUUUCAACCAUGGACACACUUACCAGGCCCACCCCGUUUCUUGCGCCGCCGCCUUGGCGGUUCAGAAGAUCGUUCGGCGAGAGAGUCUGGUGGAACGCUGCGCCGCCCUGGGACAGAUUCUAGAACAGCAACUGAGGACGGAAUUGGCGCACUGCCCCUCAGUUGGCGAUAUUCGCGGACGAGGCCUCUUCUGGGCCGUGGAGUUCGUGCAGGACAGAGCAACCCAGGCGACAUUUGAUCCCACGGUUAAGUUCGGCUUGCGGGUCCAACAAGCCGCGUUCGAACGAGGAGUAGCCGUCUAUCCUGGUGCGGGGACUGUCGAUGGCAUGCGAGGCGAUCACAUCCUCCUGGCUCCUCCUUUUACUGUUACCGAGGCGGAAUUGCGGAAGAUCUGUGUGGUCUUGCGAGAGGCGGUAGAAUCGCAAGAAAAGGAGUAUAUGAGUGGUUAACUGCUGGACAAGGUCGGCGUUUGGGUAGCUCCAUGUAUGUAGUACGUAACGCAUUAUUCUAGACUCAAUACCCCAAUUCAAUAUUCUAUUAUGCGAUAUA